CCCCCGACCCAAAUCCGAGAGUUUAUGGCCCGAAAGGGGCCCAGCGCCCACGACUGGAGCCCCCAGUGGGAGCUGAUCGAGGAGCUGCGGGACAAGAUCCUGGAGAGCACGGUGGAGAACGCACGGACAGUGCUGCAGAUUGACAACGCACGGCUGGCGGCCGAUGAUUUCCGAGUCAAGUUCGAGGCAGAGCUGGCCAUCCGGCUCUCGGUGGACGGCGACAUCGCGGGGCUGCGCAAGGUCCUGGACGACACCAACAUGACGCGGCUGCAGCUCGAGGGGGACAUCGAGGCCCUGCGCGAGGAGCUGAUCCUGCUGCGCAAGGACCAUGACCAGGAAGUGCAGGAGCUGCGGGCACAGGUCUCGCAGUCGGCGCUGACGGUGGAGGUGGACGCACCGCGGUCACAGGAUUUGGGGAAGGUCCUGGGAGAGCUGCGGGCUCAGUACGACGCCCUGGCCCAGAAAAACCUGGAGGACUUGGAGAAGCAGUGGGGGCAGCAGAUCACGGAGACCACCCUGGAGGUGACGCAGAGCAGCAAGGACCUGGACACGGCGCGAGGCACCGUCGGGGCGCUGCGUCGCUCACUGCAGACCCUCGAGAUUGACCUCGAGGCCCUGCGCAACCAGAAUGCGGGUCUGGAAGCGGCGCUGGCCGAGGCCGAGGCCCGGGCCGGGGCUCACCUGGCGCAGGUGCAGCUCCAGGUGAGCGCGGCCGAAGCGGAGCUGCGGGACGUGCGGGCGCAGCUCCAGCGGCAGAACGAGCAGCACCGGGAGCUGCUCGGCCUCAAGGACCGGCUCGAGGCCGAGAUCGCGACAUAUCGGGAGCUGCUGGAGGGUGGCGACGGCUUCAGCCUGAGGGAUGCCCUGGACAAGGAGACCACGGCCACCACGGCAGGGACCGGCACCACCCACCGCGUGGUCACCGAGACCAGGGAGGUGAAGGUCCGCACAUACUGAGGGGGUCACAGGACCCGAAAAUGGGGGGGGCCCCCGAGCCCCUUCAGAUCCAAAUAAAGUGGUGACUCCCAUGAAUGGCA